AUGUGCGUCGUGCUUACUCGGAAAACAAGCAAGAGCAAUGUUCCCACAAGCAUCUACAUAUCGUGCAACAAUAUACUCGAGCUCAUCCAUGGAGACCUUUGUGGACCCAUUACACCUCCUACGGCUGCGAGAAAUAGUUCAAAAGGCUUAAAGCAUUGGUUGAGCAAGAGACAGGAGUUUCUAUCAAGACCUUCAGAACUGAUCGGGGGUGGAGAAUUCAUGUCACAAGAGUUUCAAUCCUUCUGUGAGAUAUCCGGGAUAAAGAGACACUUAACGGCUCCAUACUCUCCUCAACAAAACGGAGUUGUUGAGAGGAGAAACAGAACUCUCUUAGAGAUGACAAGAAGUAUUCUGAAGCAUAUGCAUAUACCAAACUACUUGUGGGGUGAAGCAGUAAGACAUGCCACGUACCUUAUAAACAGAGUAGCAACAAGAGUUUUAGUUGCACAGACACCAUACAAAGCCUUUAAGAAGAAGAAACCUAACGUGGAGCAUCUACGUGUGUUUGGGUGUAUCAGUUAUGCCAAAAUAGAAACUCAACAUCUAAAGAAGUUAGAUGACAAAUCAAGAAUACUAGUGCACCUCGGAACUGAGCCAGGAUCAAAAGCCUAUAGGUUACUUGAUCCAGCAAGUCGGAGAAUAAUAGUAAGCAGGGACAUUGUCUUUGAUGAGAGCAAAAGUUGGAAGCGGAGCAACUUUGAAAAGGAAGUUACGGAUGAACCAGGAAUGUUUAAACUUGGUUUUGGCGAGUAUGGGAAUAAUGGCUUAAGAGAAACAGAGGAUAGAAGAGAAACAGAGGAGAACAGAGAGAGAGUUAACGAGGGCGUUAACAAAGAAACGGAUAACGAUGAGGUCACCGUAUACAAUGGAGACUUACUUCAUGAAGAAGAGAAAGAUCAGAACCAAACAGUUUUGAGAAGGUCAAUAAGAGCAAGACAUAAACCGAGUUACUUGGAGGAUUACAUAUUGAUGGUUGAACUCGCGAUUGAAUUAGAGAAUGAGGUUCUUCAGAUGUUGAUAAAUGAAGAACCAUGGGAUUUCAAUGAGGCAAAAGAGGAGAAAGUAUGGAGAGAGGCAUGUAAAGAAGAAAUAUCAUCGAUUGUUAAGAACAAAACAUGGGAUUUGGUAGAUCUUCCUGCUGGAGCUAAAGCGAUCGGGUUGAAGUGGGUCUUUAAGAUAAAACGAAACUCUGACGGAAGUUUAAACAAACAUAAAUCAAGACUUGUGGCAAAGGGUUACGUACAAAAGUUCGGCGUAGACUUCGAAGAAGUAUUCGCUCCAGUUGCACGCAUAAAAACAAUCAGGUUUCUCAUCGCUUUAGCAGCCUCAAACGGUUGGGAGAUACAUCACUUGGAUGAGGAGGAACAUAUUCUUCUAGUAGCUGUUUACGUGGAUGAUCUCCUUGUUACGGGUUCAAGUCUGGAGAUGAUAAUUGAAUUCAAAAGGGGAAUGUCAGCAAAUUUCGAGAUGAGUGACCUUGGAAAGCUUACUUAUUAUCUUGUUAUUGAGGUGUAUCAACAUGAAGAUGGGAUCACACUUAAACAAGAAAGAUAUGCGAGAAAGAUACUAGAAGAAACGGGGAUGAAAGAUUGCAACGCUGUUCACGCUCCUAUGGAUUUGGGUCUAAAGCUCUCCAAGGGACAAGGAGAAAGAAGAAUAGAUGAGACAGAAUAUAGAAGAAAUAUCGGAUGUCUUCGAUAUUUACUUCAUACACGACCUGACCUUGCAUAUUGUGUUGGAGUACUCAGUAGGUAUUGA